UUCCAAGUAUUUGUUAGUGUUUGUACAUGGGCAAUCACUUAUCUGCGAAAUCACAUAUAUUUAUUUUGAAGCAAUAUAUAUAGCAAAUGAGGAAGAUAUUUUGAUCACUUAAAAAAAUUGUUCCAGUCGUGCAGAUCCACAAGGUUAAACAUAUUUUAUUGUGAUUGCUGAGGAAAGAAAAUAAGAAAAGAGAAGAUGAGAGCAAUAUAUAUAUUGCUGGUGCUAUGUUUUAUUUUUUCAGUACAACAUCUAGCCAGUGGUCAGCGAGCUGAAGCUUCAGAUGACAACGAAGUUGAAAACGAAGUUGAAAAUGAAGUUGAAGACGAAGCUGAAAAGGAAGUGGCUGAAUCUCCAGAUGCAAAAAAAGGUGCUCCUGCUGAUGAGGCUGAAGAGAAAACUGCCGUAGAAAAGGAAAGCAGUGAACCUGAUAAAAAUGAAGCGAAGGUGAAGAGAACAAAUGCUGAUUACGCUAGAGGUAGACGACGUCAAAGCAGAAACAAUCGAAGAAAACCUUUCCGAAGAAAUGAACCAAAACGUAGACGAUCAAAAUACAAUAGUCACUGGAAAAAGCGAAAUAAUAAUAAUGGAAAGAAAAAUAAUAGAGUUGUAAAACCAAGAAUGCCUAAGAAAAUGAUGAAAGCUCCAAAUUCAAUGCAUUCAAAAAAUAUGAGAAGGUGGAACCGGAAUGGAUAUCUAAAACGGAGGAAUUCUCGUAUUAGGAAAUAUGGGAGACAGGGAUAAAUUUUAAAUAUCUGGCUUUGAAAACAAUAAAAUAAUUAUAGAAAAUAUUUACUUUAACAUCAGCAAUAGGAAUCCUAAAGAAAUAUAAGUGUUGCCAGUGAAAGAUUCUAUACUGAAUAAAAUAUUGAUAUAUUA